GUAAAAAUAAACCACAAAAAUAUGAAACUUACAAAACUAAUACAAAUUUACUUAUAGCUACAAACACUCAAAGGGAAAAACAAAACUUCAAUAAAAAAAAACAACUUAUUUAAUAAAAAAAAUAUUUACAUGCCCAUUGUGUAAUCAAAAUCACUUUCUAUUCACCUGUGAAACAUUCAGAGCCCUUCCUAUUGAAAUUCGUAUACAAAAGGCUAAAGAGUCAAACGUCUGUCUUAAUUGUUUACGACCUGGGCACUUAGAAAAUAAUUGCAAUUUAUCUUCAUGUAAAUAUUGCAAGAAAAGGCAUAAUACGCUAUUGCACUUGCAUGAGCCACAGCCGAUCCCUGAGCCUGCUAUGCCAUCAACCAGCAGCAUUAACCACUUCGCAAACUCAAGCGAGUCAAAGCAGGUAGCUACUCCUCCGCUUGUUUUGCUUUCCACAGCGCUGGUAAAGGUGCUGGACGGCACCGGCGCCGCGCACUCCGCCCGCAUGCUGCUCGACAAUGGCAGUACGGCUAACUUCGUUACGCAAUCGCUCUGCGGUAAGCUGGGUUUGUCGCGACGUAGCGUGAGCUCCACGGUGACAGGUAUAAACAAUAAUUCAUCUCAUAUUACACAGUCUUGCAGCCUUAACAUUAAGUCGCUUCAUAAUGACUAUAGCCUUACUGUAGACUGCCUUAUUUUGCCUGAGAUCACUAAAGGUUUACCGUCUUCUUUCAUAGACAUACAAAAUAUCCCUCUUCCGAUGGGAAUAAGUUUUGCCGACCCUUCCUUUAACAUACCGUCGGCUACAGACUACUUAGUGGGUGCCGAAGUAUUUUGGUCCGUCUUAUGUAAUAAUUCCAUUGACUUGGGCAAAAAUCAGCCUAAGUUGUAUGAGACAAAACUGGGUUGGCUGGUGUCCGGGCAUGUCGCCCGUCUUAAGGCACCGUAUUCGUCUCCCGUUUGUCACUUUAUAAGCGAGGAUUCCAAUCCAGACUUAACUCGUUUUUGGGAGUUAGACACUGUGGCAGCAAAACACUCUUUGUCUCCUGAGGAGCGUGCCUGCGAGCAGAGUUUUUUAACAAACACCGUACGCAGCGAGAACGGUAGCUUUGUCGUCUCCAUGCCGUCGAAUCCUUUCAAAUGGCCAAGUGCCGUUUCUUAUCUUUAGAGCGCAAAUUUCUUCGGGAGCCUGUUUUUAAGGAUAUGUACAUGGAGUUCAUGCACGAAUAUGAACGCCUAGGUCACAUGACUGAAAACAAAGAGUCUUCAUUUGGCGACUUACAACAGCUCAAUUAUUUUUUACCUCACCACGGAGUCAUCCGUGAGUCCAGCCUUACCACCAAGCUUCGCACAGUCUUCGACGCUUCCGCCGUAUCUAGUUCUGGAUUGUCGCUUAACGACAUUCAAAUGGUAGGGCCGGCUGUACAAGAAGACCUUUAUUCUAUUUUAUUACGUUUUCGCCAGCAUAAAUACGUCAUUACUGGAGAUAUAGAGAAAAUGUACAGAGCGAUUGAGCUUAAUCCCGCCCAACGCUCACUUCAACAAAUCAUAUUUAGGUAUGACUCAUCACACCCGUUAAAAACGUACACCUUAAAUACGGUGACUUAUGGUACGGCGUCUGCCCCACACUUAGCCACGAAGUGUUUGGUGAGCUUAGCAUCCAGCGCUCUCGAUAGCGACGUAAAGCAGUCGAUUCAACGCGAUUUUUACGUUGAUGAUUAUUUAGGCGGGUCGUCGACUAUUGACGACACUAUCAAGCUGUGCAAAGGAGUUAUUAAUACACUUAAAACUGCAAAUUUCAAUUUACGCAAAUUUCAAUCAAAUAACAAAUUAAUUUUACAUGACGUUUCAUCUUCAUUACAAUCAGAUAAUGUCUUAGACAUAGCAAACAGCGAUAGUAAUGUUUCUUCUAAAACUUUAGGUCUAAAUUGGAUUUGCGAUUUAGACAUUUUGUCAUUUUCAAUCAAUAUCGAACUUCGGGACAAAGUGACAAAACGUCACAUACUUUCCGUUAUAAGUCAGAUCUUCGACCCAUUGGGUCUCGUGGGCCCUUGUGUCAUCGAAGCAAAGCUCAUCAUACAGAGGCUAUGGAUCGAACGACGCUCAUGGGACGAUGAGGUUUCAACGGAAAUAAAACGUUCAUGGUUUUCGUUCGCCGACACCUUACCACUUCUUAACCACUUAAAGGUUCCUCGGUGGGUACUUCAAGACCAUUCAAUAUUCCAUGAAAUUCAUGUGUUUUCGGACUCUUCUGAGCGAGCAUAUGGGGCCUGCGUCUACAUUCGCUCUAUAGACGCAUCAGGCUCUAUCAAAGUACAACUUUUGACUUCUAAGAGCAAGGUAGCGCCAAUAAAGCCAACAACUAUUCCGCGCCUGGAACUUUGCGGAUCGUUAGUGGCUGCAAGACUGUGUAACAAAGUAUUAACCUCUUUAACACUACAUAUCAGCAAGUGUAGAUUCUGGUGUGACUCAACUAUUGUUUUAGGGUGGUUAAAAACACCACCUACUAACCUUAAAAGUUUCGUAAGGAAUCGUGUACAUGAAAUUCAGGAAUGCACAGAGGGUCACACGUGGAGCAACGUACCGUCGAAGGACAAUCCGGCGGAUCUUGUUUCCCGUGGGCUGAAGACUGACCUCAUCAGCGGUUCAGAAUUGUGGUGGUCAGGGCCACCUUUCUUAACAGACAUUGAAACUAAUUGGCCACAAGUGCCCAACGUCGGCGUGAAACAGAAUCUACCAGAGUUGAUCACCUGUUCCUUCGCGCUUAACAAUUCUAAUGCAGACUUAAUAUCUAACUUAAUCAAAAACAAAUCUAAUUUAACAAACUUACAAAACACUAUAGCAUAUUUACAAAGAUUUAUUUACAACUGUAAGAACCCGAAAAUGCAAAUGAAAGAACAUUUUUCAGUUCAAGAGCUUCAAAAUUCCUUAAAUUUUAUUAUUCUUAAAUCUCAAUGUGAGAUGUUUCCUGACGAAUAUACUCUUCUUAAAGCCGGAAAGGCGCUUCCUAACAAAAAUCGACUUAUAGCUUUAAGCCCAUUUCUCGAUGCUAAUAACACAAUAAGGGUUGGUGGAAGACUCGAUAACUCCCCUUACAAUUACGACACAAAGCACCCAAUUUUGUUAUGCAGCAAACAUCAUUUCACUAAGCUUAUGUUUGAACAUUUUCAUCUAAAAUAUUUACAUGCACCGCCACAACUUCUGUUAGGAAAUAUUAAGCAAACUUAUUGGCCCUUAGGUGGAAAAAACCUAGCUAAAGCUACAGUUAACGAAUGUAUGCGAUGCUUCCGGUACAGGGCGGAAACUGUUCAGCCCAUCAUGGGCCAGCUCCCCGCCUCGCGUACCGAACUAGAGUUUCCCUUUCUUCAUUGCAACGUCGACUACGCCGGGCCAGUGUUGAUAGCAGACCGUAAGGGCAGAGGUUGUAAACUUAUUAAAUCUUUUUUGGCAAUCUUUAUUUGCAGUUCGGUAAAGGCCUGUCAUAUUGAGCUCGUUACGGCACUAUCCAGCGAAGCAUAUAUUGCCGCUUUAAAUCGCUUUGUGUCCCGUCGCGGAAAGCCCAAGAGCAUCACGUCAGAUAACGGUUCGAAUUUUAUCGGUGUAAGCAACGAGCUGGCUCAAUUUCUUCUUCAAUCGGAACUUGAAGGUCAAAUGGCUCAAGAAGGCAUCGAAUUUAAAUUUAUUCCCGCUUAUACCCCUCACUUUAAUGGCUUAGCUGAAGCAGCAGUACGCUCUACAAAACACCAUCUUAAGCGUUUAUUACAAAACAGUCAUUUAAAUUAUGAGGAAAUGGCUACAUGCCUCACUCAAAUAGAGGCUGUUUUGAAUUCUCGGCCCCUCACCCCUAUUUCCACUGAUCCCUCAGAUUUCUCCGCACUGACUCCUGCCCACUUUUUGAUUGGACGCUCACUAAUUGCUAUCCCUCAACCACAAAUAGGUGAUGCGAAUAUAACCCGCCUUGAUCGAUUCAAGAGAAUCGAGCUUAUAAAGCAGCACUUUUGGAGCCGAUUUUCACUAGAGUAUGUCAAUCUGCUCCAGCAAAAGGUAAAAUGGCGGUCGUUGACCAAGGAGCUGAAAUUGGGAUCUCUUGUUCUUGUCAAGGAAAGAGCUCUCCCACCAUUGAUGUCGUCCUUAGGACGAGUCAUGCAGCUCUAUCCUGGCAGCGACGGCGUUUCCAGAGUCGCCGUGUUGAAGACAAGGAGAGGCACAAUUCGAAGAGCCUUUAAUAACAUCUGUUCCCUUCCAGAUUUUUGAAGUUCUCUGCACACUUCAACCCGGGGAGCAUGUUGGGAACCGGUUGCAUGUACGCGCGGGUUGAGACGCGCGGGAGGACGUCUCGUCGAGCGGCAGCGACGCGGCGGGAGGAGGUUUGGGACGAUACUCCACCGCGGUCGGACGACAACACUAAUUUAAUUUAUAAUAAUAAUUUUAUUAAGUAGACCGGGUUAUUGUAAAGUAGGGAUGAUUAUAUCAGCCCUAUAAGAAUAU